AUGAAUCUGGAGUUCGACAGAUGGGAAACUCCCAAAUUGAGGAAACUCUCGCUCAUCAACAAUUUAUUGACGUCACUCCCAGCCUUCAAGAGCGACAGCCUGGAAGAGCUCUAUAUAAAUGGAAAUAAAAUCACAAAUCUGGAGUUCGACAAAUGGGCAACUCCCAAUUUAUCGAAACUCUCGCUCCCCCACAAUUUAUUGACCGCACUCCCAGCCUUCAAGAGCGACAGCUUGAAAGAGCUCUCUCUCCAAGGGAAUCAAAUCACGAUUUUGGAGUUCGACAGAUGGGCAACUCCCAGACUGGUGGAACUCCAGCUCAACAACAAUUCCUUGACCUCCCUCCCAGCCUUCAAGAGCGACAGCCUGGAAGAAAUCAAUCUCAAUAAUAAUAAAAUCACGCAUCUACAGAUCGACAGAUGGACAACACCUGAAUUAAUGAUAUUAUCGCUCUCAUACAAUUUGUUGACCUCCCUACCAGCUUUCAAGAGCGACCGCCUGGAAGAACUCGAUCUCAGUCAUAAUAAAAUCACGCAUCUACAGAUCGACGAAUGGACAGCUCCUAAAUUGAGGAAUCUCCGGCUCAGCAACAAUUCCUUGACCUCAGUCUCAGCCUUCAAGAGCGACCGCCUGGAAGAACUCGAUCUCAGUCAUAAUAAAAUCACGCAUAUACAGAUCGACGAAUGGACAGCUCCUAAAUUGAGGAAUCUCCAGCUCAGCAACAAUUCCUUGACCUCAGCCUCAGCCUUCAAGAGUAAUAGCCUGGAAGAACUCAAUCUCAAUAAUAAUAAAAUAACGAAUCUGGAGUUUAGCAAAUGGACAACUCCCCGAUUGAGGAAACUAUCGCUUGCCUACAAUUUGCUGACCUCACUCCCAGCCUUCAACAGCUACAGCCUGAGAGAACUCAAUCUCAAUAAUAAUAGAAUCACAAAUCUAGAGUCCAACAGAAGGACAACUCCCCGAUUGUGGAAGCUCUCUCUCACCGACAAUUUGUUGACCUCACUCCCAGCCUUCAAGAGCGACAGCCUGGAAAUUCUCAACCUCAAUAAUAAUAAAAUAACGAAUUUGGAGUUUAACAAAUGGACAACUCCCCGAUUGAGGAUACUAUCGCUUGCCUACAAUUUGCUGACCUCACUCCCAGCCUUCAAGAGCGACAGCCUGGAAGAACUCAACCUCAAUAAUAAUAAAAUAACGAAUCUGGAGUUUAAGAAAUGGACAACUCCCACAUUGAGAAAACUCUCACUCACCUACAAUUUGUUGAGCUCACUCCCAGCCUUCAAGAGCGACCGCCUGGAAGAACUCUCCCUCAGUCUUUGGGCACACACGAAAGUGGACCUUAGUGGGAACCAGAUAGCUACAAUUGACGGGGGAAUCCUUUACCGGAUCCUGAAAGAAUGUUCCCAGGGAGAUGGCUUUCUCAACCUAGAGGACAAUCCUAUCCAAUGCGACCCUAGAAUAGCAUGGUUGGCGUUUGCUCCUGAAUCGAUGAAAAAAUUAAAAGGGACAUGUGGAAAUGGGACCGACUUGAAAUACCCUGAUUCGACGGAAACACUGAGACAAUAUGCAUUCGAGGCGAUGACAAAUCCAUGCCGUCUUCAACGUCCCGACGACGUAGGAGGUGUAACAUCCAUCGAUUCGCAUCAUGCAUGCUUGUGCGAUGGAGGUACUCUCAACACUUCACUCGCAUGCCCUAAAGGGACCCAAGUCGGCUGCAUCAACCUCGUUGCAAUUGUUCCACCUCGCCAUGAAAAUGCAGAUGUGACCGGUUGUGAACCACUUCCUGGCAUCAGAAACGGACGCUUCGAUAUUCUCUCUUGCUCUGAUGAUGGUCUGAGUUCCAAAAACCGAUCUGAAUGCAUUCAGGGAAGGAAAUACCUCAUCGGAAGUAAAGUGAAAUACACGUGUGAUAUUUAUUAUACUCUUCGGGGUCCACGUGUUCGAACAUGUAGAGCGAAUGGAAAAUGGUCUGGCCCUGACCCACUCUGUGAACCUGAGUGCGGCCGAACCGGAAACACGAUCGCAAAGCCUCAGCGAUUGGUUCGUGGAGGGAAGGCAGCAGCACUUGGGGCAUGGCCUUGGCAAGUGGCCAUCUACGAUGCGCAGGUGGAAUAUAUCAUCUGUGGAGGAGCUCUCAUUGGAAGGCGAUGGGUUCUAACAGCAGCCCAUUGCGUCGCGGAACUCAACGAUAUAAUUACAGUUCGAGAUGUGCAAGAUUUCUUCAUCCAUCUCGGCAAGCACUAUCGAAAUAUGUCCGAGGACGACGAAUUCGUACAAAUUAUGAAGGUGAUUCAGAUCUUCGUGCAUGACGAAUACACCGGCUUCGAGUCGGACAUUGCGCUGAUGAAACUCCACGGUUCGGCUAAUCUGACGAGGAGGGUUCAGGUGAUCUGCCUUCCGUCCAAUGAUGACCUGUCUGAUGACUUUUUAGACGGUUCUCAAGAUGAAUUUGGCGGCCCUCACAGAGGAUGGGUGGCAGGUUGGGGAAAAGACGCUUCAGACGAAGGAACGGAUGCCUUGACUGAGGUGCAACUGACAGUCACAUCAAAGCGUGAAUGUCGAAAUAGAAUCCGCAUUAAAACUUCAGACCACCCAGCUUCCAUCACCAGGAACACGUUUUGUGCAGGAGAACGCAGCAAUGUUUCCUCAUUCGUGAAUGAGGACGCGAAAGAAUACGGGACGGUGUGUGAAGGGGAUUCGGGGAGUCCCAUGGUCUUCCCAUCUCAUAGCCUUCUGAAAAGUCAAUGGGUGGUCGAAGGAAUCGUCAGUCAUAUCUAUGUGAAGUCGAGGCAAGAUUGCUCCAAUUAUGAACCUGGCCAGUAUGGUGUAUUCACUAGAGUUUGUCGAGUGGAUCGAGGAGACCAUGUCGAUGAAUUCAUGAACACAUGUGUGAAGAUCCAUAACUUCGCAAUCAACGCAAUUCGAAAGGCGACCAGAGAUUUCACAUUCGGCAGGGGCUAUCCGGGCGGGGCCGAAAGAGAAAAUGGAAAAAUCAAGUGCGACCGCUGCGAUAAAUGAUUGAUCAUCGUAGCUGGAAUUAUACAAGCAAGAAAGUGAAAAUUAAUAUAAAAUGCCAGAACCUGUUAUAUGCGU